AUGCACGAUGCUACCUUUCAGGACAGUAAACACCGAUGGCAUCACCUCGUGGAGCUGGUGGAGUUUGCACUUGCUCUCCGAGAAACCUUAGAGAAGAUCAACUCACAGUCAUUUAAUAACUUUAUCCUCAGAAUAGGAAUAAACCAGGGGCCAAUCGUAGCAGGCGUGAUAGGGGCGAGAAAGCCUCAUUACGAUAUCUGGGGAAAUGCUGUGAAUGUCGCCAGCCGGAUGGAGUCUACUGGAAAAUCAGGGCACAUUCAGGUUGUCGAAGAAACGAUGAUUAUCCUUCAAGAGUUUGGCUAUAAGUUCGAGAAGAGGGGCUUGGUCAAGGUCAAAGGAAAGGGAGAGCUGGUGACGUAUUUCCUGGUCGGCAAGGAGGAGUUGAUACACGACAUGCCAAACCAGGUCACGCAUCUUUGAAAGUGAUAAGAUGUUCUUAUUAAACAGUACAAGCAUGUGGUUUUCGAAGGUUGGUUUUUCAACCAAAGAAUUUUUUAUCAGAGUCAUCUCUUCUUGA